AACUUGAUGUAGUUAAGCAAAAGAGUUAUCUAUUAUGCUCGACUUUAAUUUUUCUGUGCAGGUAAUGCAAGAACUGAAGGAAGAAAUAGAGAACUAUAGACCACUAGAGCAGCUGAAGUUACGUCAGACAAAAGCCCUCCUGAUUGGUCAGAUAGGGGCGGGAAAGUCCAGUUUCUUUAAUACAGUGAACUCCAUCUUCCGCGGUUACGUGACCAGCCAGGCGUGUAGUGGAACGGCUGACCACAGUCUCACCACACAAUUUCGGGCUUAUCAAGUGAGAAAUGGCCCUUCUGAUAAACCUCUCAACUUCCGGUUAUGCGACUCACGUGGCUUGGAAGAAGGACAGGGGAUCGAAACGAAGGAAAUGUGCUAUCUGUUGGAUGGUCACGUGCCAGAAAAAUACGUUUUUAACCCGUCGGUUCCGCUGACCCCAGACACCCCAGGGUUCAUCAAGGCCCCAAAACUGAAGGAUCAGAUGCACUGUGUGGCCUUUGUGGUUGACGCGUCCACAGUCGAUGUCAUGUCAGAUAAAAUGCUUGAAAAAAUUAGAAAAUUUCAAACACACAUGAAUCAAAGAGGCAUCCCUCAGGUUGUAUUACUCACAAAGAUUGACAAAGUUUGUGAGCCCCUGCAGCGUGACGUUGGAUUGACGUAUUUCGUUCCCGCUAUUCAGGAGCACGUGGAUAGGGUGGCGAUGAUGAUUGGUUUACCGAGAUCUCACGUGAUUCCCGUCAAGAACUACGAGAGUGAACAAGAUCUUGACACCAAUGUGAAUAUUCUGACACUGUUAGCCAUGCGGCAGAUUCUCCGUUUUGCUGACGAUUUCUUGUAUAACUACUUGGACGAUUUGGACCCCGAGAUAUUAAACACAACAGAUUAGACAUUUCAUAAAUUAACUGACAUUUUAUUGUCAGAAGACAUUUUUCAUAAUAUAUCCAUGUUUCUGCAAGAAUUAAAUUAUUUGAUUUUUUGUUCGGUAUU